AUGAAGUUUCUACCUUUACCAGAGUUCGAAGACGUGACUAGUUCGCUCAAUUUCGACACAGCCGAUUGUCACAUCGAGGGUGGAUGUGAUCUGUACACAACCAAGGCUGCCCGAUCCGAUCGCAAGCUAUAUAAUCAUAUUGAGCAAUCGCUAGAAGCCCAAUAUGAAUCAGUUCUCCGCCUAUCAGCCUCGCUGUCCCCUCCUCACGCCCACGAUGCCGCAGAGACUUUGAACCUCUCGCGAUCGAGUCCAUUUGGCCCCCUGAGCGAGCAUUCGAGUCGCCGAACGUUCGCUUAUCUUAUUGCGACUCUGAACGCCAGCCAUCCGGAUUACGAUUUCUCACAUGUCUUGCGCCCGACCGAUUUUCGUCGUGAGCGACAUUUGAAGCGCAUUAUGAACACGAUUGAUUCCACGUUGUACAAUCUGCGGCCGCGUGAGUCACUUGACUUCUCGCCCUCUUCGCCCGCGACACUCUCUGGUUCAUACAAUGGAGCACCUGCCUGGGGCCCACGGAUGUGGAGGAUUCUAGAUGAGCAUAUGUCCUUGAAGGAAUGCGCAAUCUACUCGUACUCACCAGAUGAGGACCCCUCAGAUGCCGAUGACGGAGCGAUCUGGAGUAUGCAUUACUUCUUUUUCAACCCGCUCCGUAAGCGUGGCGCCGCUACCCCCACGGGGAAGCGAAACUUCGACGAUGGCUACCUGACGCCCGACUUGAGCUCUAGCAAGAGGGCGCGAUACUGGCUUGGAAGUCGUGCCGAAUCGUCUCUCCGACAGGAGCUCAGUGAAGAUGAGUUGGAGGCCGAUUCGGAGACUAUCCACCCAGUUAUCGACGACGAUGAUCAUUUCAUGUUCAGCGAUGAGGAAAUGCAGUCCCGGUCGGGUCGCAAGGGGACAGUGCGGGCCAUGAGUGAGGAGAUGAUGGACACCAUGGAAGUCUAA